UACUGCUAUUGCUAUUGCUAUUGCCAUUGGUAUCUAAUUUUCAUUUUAUAGUCUUCUGUUUUCAAUUUACAUCACCUUGUUCUGCAAUGAUAUACCUCUUAAAAUAUAAACUAAGAUUUAUUUUAACAAUGAUUUGAGCAAAUUAAUCUGUCUUGCAGAUGAGCAAAUUAAUACUGGUUGAAUCAUUAAUUUUUUUCAGUCAAAUAUAGACAAAUUUCUGGGUUAAGUGAUAGCAACAAACAUGGGAUAAAAUAGCAGUUUUAAAAAAUUCAGAACACUUACGUAUGGUAAGAAAACAUUAAUCUGCUUUGUGCAUUUUAUGAACCUAGCCUAAUACGAAAUGUUUUUCAUUUAAGAUGUAUAAACCAUGCAAGUUGUAUUUUGUUAAUAAACUAUGGCUUAGUGGAAUAUGUAAAUCCACCCAUUGUGUUUUGCAUAAACCUAUAUUAAAGUCAAGAUUAUGGAGUAAAUACCAAUCUCAAUUAUUUAAAGUAUUAUGGGAUACAUGCUACUCUUUCACUUAAAAUCAGUGACAUCACUGUGUGUGUAUAUGUAUUUGGAGAGAGAAAGGUGAUUCAAAAAGUGUUUUUAAAACUGGAAUUUAAACUUUUAAUUUACAUAUUUUGUCUAUUACGUAGCAAAAUAAGAGAAAAUUUCAUGUUUAGGAUAGAGCUAAUAUCAUAUGAAUAUAAUUUUAAUCUUUAAUAUGGUUAUUAGCUAAUAGCUUGAUACACACAUCAUUAUCAAAGCCAUAAUAUAAUUGCAUUUAUCAUUGAAUAUAUAGACUUUAAUUUUAUUAUCUACCAAACAAAAGAAAUAGAUGAAGGAAGCAGCCAGGGAUUGAAAUUGCUCUUUUGGUGUGUGCACUUUUUUACCAAGACAAGCCCCAAGGAUAUAAAGAUGUGGAAAAAAAGAGUUAACUCAGAUGUUAAUCAGUUUGCUUUUAAGAUCUUAAUUUUUUUUAGUCGACAAGAUGUAAGAAUGAUGGUUAACUGUUUAAAAUCUGUCUAUUUUAAUUGUAGUUUUACAGAUUUCUAUAUGAAAUCAGAUUUUUCUCUCCUAUCUGCUUUUUGUAGCAUCCUCUAAAAGCUCUAAAAUUCUUAAAAGCUUAGUUUGACUUUUGAGUUUGUCCUAACAAAAAUUACUCUUUAUGAAUGUUAAACCUGGUAUAGGAAAAAAAAAUUCCCUGUCCAUCCUUCUGGAAAGUUCCAGAUAUUAAAGCUCAGUACCAUGCACAUUUCCUUUUUAAAAAGCCCAAAUACAGAGUCCAAUUUCAGCUUUCUGGUAGCAGUGUUUUGGAGUUAAUAAUAGGAAAUAGUAUACCAAUAUUACAUUUAUGAAAUAUGCUAAUUACAAUUCUUUGCCUAGUAUUAAGAAUUGCAGCUGUCUUGUGUAAAGUUCUGCUGAGUGAACAAAGGCCAAUGGUGAUGAUUCACAAAAUAAGGUGUGGUUUGUAAAUAAACUGGUAGUUCAUCUGCCUAAACCUAUGUAGAAUGAAAAUGUAUAGUGUUAUCUAUGUACUUUUUAAAAUCAUAGGUAAACAGGUCAGAACUAAACUUUCCCAAGCCUUUAAUCACUGGUUGAAUGUUCCAGAAGACAAACUACAGAUCAUAAUUGAAGUUACAGAAAUGUUGCACAAUGCAAGUUUGCUUAUAGAUGACAUAGAAGACAAUUCAAAGCUACGACGUGGUUUUCCAGUGGCCCACAGCAUUUAUGGAAUACCGUAUGUGAUAAACUGUGCAAACUUUGUAUAUUUCCUUGGUCUACAAAAGGUUUUAACGCUUGAUCAUCCAGAUGCUGUAAAAGUAUUCACCAGUCAAUUACUUGAACUCCAUAAGGGGCAAGGCCUGGAUAUUUACUGGAGAGAUACAUAUACCUGUCCUACAGAAGAAGAAUAUAAAGCCAUGGCUCUGCAAAAGACAGGUGGCCUUUUUGGACUAGCCGUGGGCCUUAUGCAGUUAUUUUCAAAUUAUAAAAAUGAUCUGAAACCACUCCUUAACACUCUUGGGCUCUUCUUUCAAAUUAGAGAUGAUUAUGCAAAUUUACACUCCAAAGAAUAUAGUGAAAACAAAAGCUUUUGUGAAGACCUAACUGAAGGAAAGUUCUCGUUCCCAACUAUUCAUGCAAUAUGGUCCAGGCCAGAGAGCACACAGGUUCAAAAUAUUCUGCGGCAGAGAACUGAAAAUGUGGAUAUAAAAAAAUACUGUGUACAUUACCUUGGAGUAACAACUGUGUUACUAAGUUAA